GCUAAAUCUUUGGUACAUACAAUACUGUGUCACGUCGGAUCGUCGCAGAGCCAUUGAACAGUCGCCGAUCGGUUUUUCAUUUGGGCCCUGGGUUUCCGUCAUGCGUGUUAUUUGGCUGCACGACACAACACGAAUCGCUCACAAAUUGGGCAUGCUAUCGAAAUAUCGAAAGAAGAAGGUGACUGCAACGAUACCUUUUGCUAUUACAACGUUUACACACACAGCAUUAAAGCAAACUCUUUAUCAUAACAAUACAAAGAUAGGAAAAAGUCGUAACGAUUGGUGAAAUCCAUUGCUUUGCACGCUAAUCACUUGAGAUAUAAUCGCCCCUCGUUGUCAGGAAAAUGAAGAUCGCUCCGACAUGCGCGUUCUCCGCCGUUGUGGCCUGUCUAAUGGCACAGAGUCACAYCGUUUAUGGGUCCUCGUUCUUAAGAUCRGAGGCAAAUAAGAAGGAACGCAAGCUCAAUGGUUAUUACCAGGACACCUACCACGACCCCUACUAUCAAGAUCCUUAUUACUAUCCACYACCAGCAUUUCCGGAACCUCGUCCAACAGAGAGACCCACACCGAGGCCAACUCCAAAUCCUACAAACCGACCCACACCGAUGCCAAGUCCAGCUCCUACGCAUAGGCCCACCCCCCGGCCUACUCCAAAUCCAACACCGAUGCCAACUAGGAGACCAACCCUCCACCCUACGCGCCAUCCAACUCUUCACCCUACACCGCAUCCUACGCGUCAUCCAACAAAAAAACCAACAGAACAUCCUACUGAUCACCCAACGCCUUAUCCAACGAGGGAGCCAACAACUCAUCCAUCGGCUUUCCCAACUCGAGCACCAUCUCAGGAACCAUCUCCUGCUCCCAGUCCGGAACCAUCUCCUGCGCCAUCCGUAAGCAUGUCUCCAACGCGGACCGCACCCUCUGCAGAGCCCUCUGAGAAUCCUACGCAAUCAGAAGAACCUUCUGAAAAUCCUACACAAUCAUCGGAACCAUCCGAUAAUCCUACACARUCUGAGGAACCAUCAGAAAAUCCUACUCAGUCSGAGGAACCAUCCGAAAAUCCCACCCAAUCUUCUGAACCCUCCUCACAGCCAACUGGAGAUCUUCUUACGAUUGGUGAGUAUUCGAGAGAGUCUAUUUCACAAUUGUCUUUUUAUUUUUCUCAAAUGAUAUCACCUCAUGCCUUUUUUCUUGUGAUUGCUACCAAUAUCAGCUGAAAUUAUCUGUCUUCCGGAGAACGUGAACAUCUAUGGAGAUUUCUGUGCCGCCAUUGUAGCUGCAGGAUUUGGUCCACCGUUGAAUAACUUUGACACACUUCUCCGCCGCGAAAACUUGAAUCUGGUUGCUUGGCUUAGAGAUAACACUUUUGGAAGGGCUGCCAUCCCCGCAGAAAGAGCAGAGCGGAUUGCCGACUAUACGAACCGAGCAUUGUCAGUACCUGACGUGGAAAUUGUAGUAGUUGAUCCUCCUGGUGACAUUGAAAUUAUCCUUGAUAUUCAAAGCUUUGAAGAGUUGAACAAAUUCUUUGAGGACAACUACARCGAAUUUUACCUGAUGAACCCGUACGCAAACUUCGACAACUUCAAGGACUACAACCGAUUUCUACGAGCGUUUAGAAAUGCCCAGGACGUUGAACAAUUUUUCACCGUGUUCGCUCCCACCAAUGACGCAAUGCGUUCAAUAAACUUCGAUAUCGUUGCGUUCAUGAAUCUUGAGGAGAACGUUCGAGUAGAUUUCUUGACAGAAAUUGUCGGAUACCACGUCAUAGCUGGUCAAGUUCUCACUUACAAUGAAUUGACGUGUGGAAGCUUUUACGAAAUGUCGAAUGGAAUGCACUCUUUAACAGAAUGUCGCGGAGGAUUUCGAAAGUACCAAGUUGGACGGGGAAAUAUCGAGCUGGAUUAUGAAUGUGUGAUUGACGAAGUCAACACUGAUUGCCAGGGUAACUAUCCGUUGAUUCAGCGACCACGCAACAUUGUUGCUUCGAACGGAAUCAUCCACAGUGUGAAUAAUGUUCUUAUUCCAUUUCUGUUCCCAACCCCAGCCCCAUCCCAAUCCCCAACCAAUUGAAUYCUAAAUUCGACCUAGUUUCAUUAAUAAAUGGAAUUUUAAACCAAGCAAGAUGCCGAAGCUGAGGUGUUGCAGAUAUCCUGUCUUGUUUGAGUUCGGAAAGUUAGUAUUUGCAUCGGCACCCGACAUUGUGAUAUGUCUGUCAAUUGUCGUAAUGUGGAAUACAGUCAGUCAAAGAGAAACUUUCUAACUUCUGGAGUUCAGUUGAAUAGAACGGCAAACGUGUGUCGUCUUCGGAUACAAAUGUUAAAAACAAUUAUUGCCUUCGGGGAAGUGGUGGCGCGUCGUUGUAUGGAAUUCGAAGCUUGUCAAGCGUGCCUUGGUAUUACUUCUACUUCUGUUUCUCCUUUUAUGUGUUAAGCAUGUAUAAAUAAUUAUUAAUAUA